GGUGAUGGCUGAAAAAAUUCUGUUCUACAUAUAUCGUGAUUCCGGAACGUCGUCCGAAAACUUGGUUCGUGCCAUUGUAGACGAGUUUAAAAAUUUUGUAUUUCGUGACCGGGGGAUUGCGUUUACUUCAAAAGGAUACUCGGGAAUUCCACUCCUUGGGGAGCUGCCCAUUGACUCGCCAUUGGACGACAUUUGGAAGGUUGUCGCCGUCCUUUUCAAAAUCAGUGCCCGGGAGGAGGGACUUAUUUUCAAAGUGCAUACCACGGACUACGAAAAGAACCCGUUGGUCGCAGAGGCUAAAAAAAGCGACGUCUUGCCAAACUGGGCGCAUUCUGUUAAGGACUUCGCAGAAAACGUAUUUGGAAUGAACGGAGUAAUUCACCUGAUUUCUCCAACAGUCAGUGAAAAGUUUCCGAAACGUUCGCAAAUUGACAUUUUACGUGCAGUGCCAAACGAAACAAGGAACAUUCUGGUUACAGAGUCGCUUAGUGAAAAGCUGCACUCAUCCGAAUCGCGCAACUUUGGUAUGCAUAACACUAGCGUAAAUGUGCCUGUUUCGAUGGCAUAUGUUGCACGUGAGCGACCAGAUAUUUUGAGUCUGGCUAUCAGAGAGUUUGUGAAAACCGACGAAAGAAAAAUCAAGGAGCUUGAGAAACGGCUUGCGAAUGAACAUGAUCGAGUGAUGAUUCAUACGAUUAUCAAUGAUACCGAUUGGAAGGAAGUAACUGCUGUUGCGGACAUUGAAUCACCUACGGACAUUGUUUCCCAUCGUGUAUCUCUUGCUCUUCUAGCUUUUGACGAAAAGCACUCAUCAAUUCCAAACGGAGUGGAUGUACCUGUCAGUGGGCUUUUCCAAAAAGUUGGAGAUCGUUUUGAAAGAGAACACUUGGAAGCUCUUCGCGCCAAGCUUUUUGGAUCUCCACAGUCUGCAACUCACCUUUAUCAGUGUGCAAAAUCGUUGGUUACUGGUAACCAUGUUCAGGAAUGUCGCAAGAUUUUUGUUGACGAGGGGUCAACAAGCAACCGAGAAUCGGACUGCUCAGGCAAUGAGGAUGAUAGCAGCAACGCGAAAUAUGCGAAGAAACAGGUGUUCAAGAAAAAGAAGAGAAACGCAUUUGGAAAAAAACGUGAACUCGCUGCGAUUCUCGACCACACAAAGCCAUCAGAACACUCGGAACCAGAUUACGUGGCCCCGGAUAACUCAGCGGCUCUGAAGAAGUUCGAACGAGCUGUCAAUGGAGAUGAUUAUUACAAGGCAUCUUCGGAUGAAUACUCUCUUGGAGAAGAAGAAGAUUUGGAACUGUUCAUGGCAAAACCACGCAAGAAGAUCCUUGAAGAAAUGAAAAAUAAGAACAAGGCGAGAUUAGGAAUCAAAGUGACGGAGAGGUUGCCAACUGUUUCAGAUGAUGAAGAAAUUGACGUUGCGGAUAUGCUCCGUGCAGCUCCACCAAUUGCCAACGCCGAAGAUAUUGAAGAUUUUGAUGAUAUCUAAUUUCAAACUUUUAUUAAUAGGACCAAAAUCCUAAACUUUUUGAAAAUUCGAUUCAAUCAUAUUUUAGUGCUUUAUGUCAUUUUUAAAUCAUUCACAAGAAUUUAUUUAAUUCAUUAUAUCAAAACAUGUACAAUAUUUGCCUUUUAUACUGAUAUUUAAAGACUAUGCAAUUUCAAAUUUCAAGAUACCUCUUGAUGCCUUAAUUUCUUUCAAAAAUUACUACUUCUUUCACAAUGUGUCUUCCAAAUAUGAAAAACUUUCCGAUGUCAACUUUUGCUUUCAUUUUACUAAUUCAAUCAAGCUCACUCUACUCAUUUUAUGUUUUCUUUUCCUGUCUGCACUUUCAUCCGUCACCCAGUUGUAUUUUAGAUGCGUGGUAGUUUUUGGUAUUGUCAUUUUAAUGCUUUUUUAAAAAUCUUCAAUCUUUAUUUUUACAUUGUAUUCAAAGAUAAAUUUAAUUUU